AGCACGGGGCGGCACACCGCGUAUUCAUUCACGCACACAGUUGCGUAGAUCGUGGAGUGUGUUUCGGUACGGCUUGCGAGACGCGAGACGUUAGUUUUAUUGUUUUUUUUCGUCCUUCCAGCAAGCCACCCGUUUAUUGGUGUAUACUUACCUGUUACGGUUCAUGUUUUUAAUACUUUCGUGUUUCUAGCAGUUUACGAAUACUUUUUAAGUUAUAAACAAAGUGAAAUCAAAGUGGACACCAGAUGUUGGGACAAAUUGCAUAACCUCGUUUCGGAUCAACAAAUAAAUAUAAACAGUGCUCGGGACAAGUUUUACUAAGAAUUAAAAAACAAAAAAUAAAGUGAUGAAUUAUACAAUGGCUUAAACUGGUAAUUCAGGAGGAGAAUGGGCCGAUGUUACGCGAAUUUCGAUACAACUCGCAACUUCACCCACAUAACAUUUAUGCGUAAAUAACCGUGAAGGCAUCAAAAUGUGGCGUGGAUACCAGCUAGUUGCUGUGCUGGGCUGUCUCGUGUUGAGCAGGGGUGAACUACCCGAAGACGACUUCAGGAUAAUAAACAAGCAAGACUUGUUGGCGUCAGAUAGCGAUAUCUUCGAAGAUAAGGAUGCCAGAUCAUUUUCGCAACUGUUGUUCGAUGUUGCAAGGGACCAGGUUAUUGUGGGUGCAAGAGAUACCCUCUACCGUCUCUCUCUACGCGGCCUGCGACCCUUGGAACGCGCGACCUGGCCGGCACCGGAAGACAAGACCAAGCUGUGCCAGGACAAAGGCCAGACGGAAGAAGACUGCCACAACUACGUGAAAGUCCUGCUGUCUUAUGGACAUAAGCUGUUCGCGUGCGGAACUAACGCCUUCAGCCCCUUGUGUAGUUGGCGAGAGAUUGAAUCACUGAGCAUGGUGUCAGAAUGGGUAUCCGGGGUGGCGAAUUGCCCCCACAAUCCCCAUUCCAACGUAACCGCCAUUUUGUCUUCUAGUGGCGAGUAUUAUGCGGGCACGCCCACUGAUUUCACCAGCUCUGACACGGCAAUAUGCAGGAGUCGAGGGGCAUCCCCCAGAGACACAGGCAUGCUACGGACAACGCAAUAUGACUUGAAUUGGUUGAAUGAACCCCAAUUUGUCGGAAGCUUUGAGGAUGAUAAUUUUGUUUAUUUUGUCUUCAGGGAGGUCGCCGUCGAACAUUUAAAUUGUGGAAAGAUAAUUUACUCUCGCAUUGCGCGUGUGUGCAAGAACGACUCAGGCGGUCACCUGGUAAUGAAAGACAACUGGAGUACGUUCCUCAAGGCUCGACUCAAAUGCUCAGUGCCCGGUGACGUGUCGUUCAAUUACGAUGAAGUGCAGAGCGUCGAAUAUCUACCGCAGGAGAAGAUACUUGUUGCCGUGUUUACUACGCCUGUUAACAGUAUAGCCGGUAGUGCUGUGUGUAUAUACAAUAUGUCAGACAUACAGGCCGCUUUUGAAGGGCCAUACAAAGUACAAGACUCGCCGACAUCUACUUGGGAGCCCAAGUCACCAUCUAGACAGGCUAGAGAACACUUUAGAUGCAUGCCGGAUACUAGACCAGCAAUAGAAUACCAUCGAUAUCACCUAAUGUAUGACGCUAUCCGGCCGAUAUCAGGCGAGCCCGUAUACAAAGCGACGUUAGAACGCUUCACGCACGUAACCGUAGAUGUUGCCAACACAAAAAAUGUGGGAAAGCAGCUCGUAGUGUUCGUAUCAACAGAGGAGAGUUAUAUCGUGAAGCUGGCAAUACUGCCGCGGUAUGAGGGAGCGUGUGUGGUCGAGAUAUGGAAGUUGAGAGAUGCUAUCGGUGGUUAUGAUGUGAUGACAAUGCAGUUUGUCAAGGAUACGAUGUCGCUAUACAUAGGCAGCAGUACAGGCGUGCUCCGUAUCGGCAGCGAGCGUUGUGCCCGGUACAAGAGCAGGUCGAGCUGCGUGGGCGCCACCGACCCGCACUGCGGCUGGGACGACGCGCGGGAGGUGUGCGUGCGCGCGGCGCCGCACGUACAACAUUCGUACUUCGCGCAGAACACGGCCGCUUGCCCCACUGUGAACACGCCCGUCGACGGCAGCUGGUCAUCCUGGUCCGAGUGGGAGGCGUGUAUGCAGGACGGCACGCCGCGGGCUCCGUACGGCGACGACAAGCCCGACAUGUGCGUGUGCCGCACGCGCAGGUGCGACAACCCGCGGCCGGCCAAUGGCGGGCAAGCGUGCGCUGGAGCCAGUAUAGCAGUGACGAACUGCACAGUCCACGGUGGCUGGUCAGCGUGGUCAUCCUGGUCAGAGUGCUCCACCACUUGCGGGAUCGCUGUGAAGUCUAGACGCAGGACAUGCACGUCGCCUGAACCUAAAUUCGGCGGACGGGUGUGCGUGGGACAGGACGUGCAGGACUUGUACUGCGCUAAUCUGCCUCCUUGUCCAGAUCCGGCGCUGGCGCCCGUGGACGGCGGCUGGUCGCCGUGGGGCGCGUGGUCGGCGUGCGCGGGCGCGGGCGCGGGCGCGGGCUGCGGCGCGGGCGCGGGCGCGCGCGAGCGGCGCCGCGUGUGCGCCAGCCCGCCGCCCGCGCACGGGGGCGCCGACUGCGAGGGCGCCCGCCACGAGCGCCAGCCCUGCGACCUGCGCCCCUGCGAGGUGCGCAAGGCGACCGCGUGGACCCCCUGGGUGCAGAUCUUGGGUAAUGCAACAGACGGCAGUUACACAGAAAAGCGAUUCAAGUUCCUAUGUAAAGCGCCCACACCAGAACAAAUAAAGCUGUCCCUGGCGCGCGAAGAGGAGCGCUACUGCAGCCCGCACGGCGCGUGCAGCAGCUCGCCCCCGCAGGAGGGCGGCUGGGAGCCGUGGGGUCCGUGGGGGGCCUGCUCGGCGCCCUGCGGCGGGGGCCAGCAGCCGCGCGCGCGCCGCUGCCGCCGCCCGCCCUGCGAGGGGCCCGCCGACAUGAUGCGCGCCUGCAACACGCAUGCGUGCAAUGGCGAGUGGUCAUGCUGGAGUGAUUGGAGUGAAUGCAGCGGCAGUUGCGACAGCGGCUCCACCGGGCACCGAACCCGCACUAGGAUGUGCUUGUCGCCCGAAGGCUGCGCUGACGCAGGUGCGGCGCUCGAGAGGAGAAUCUGUGUUAAUACUUGUGCAGAUACAGAAUCAGGUUGGGGCGCGUGGGGGCCGUGGGGCGAGUGCGAGGGGGGCGAGCGGGUGAGGCGCAGGAGCUGCGAGACGGGCGCGUGCGUGGGCGCGCAGCUGCAGGUGGCCAGGUGCGACGCGGACAACGAUAUGGACAAUGAAUUGUACGCGAUGCCGGCGUACAGUCAAGGUGUUGAAAUGGCAUCUUUCGUAACUCUGCGCAGUGACUCCCUCAGUGUGGGCGGCAUUGUUGGUUGCGUUGUUGCUGCUUUUGUUAUGGGUUGCCUAGUCUGCCUUGCUGGUGUGAUAUUCUGCCACCGCCGAGGGUCCCUCCCGUGGAGGAAGCAACCGAGGGUGCCUUCCAGCCCUCACUAUAUUACGGCGAAACAGAACAGCUACGUCACUGUACCUUUGAAGGAAGUUCCUCGCAAAGCGAAACGGCAGCCUUCGUUCUCAGGCAUCGGUGGGACUAGCGGUAUACUUCUAUCGAAAAGCAAUAAUAUAUCUAACGCUAACAACCACAAUACGGCCGUAACUACCCCCAAAUUGUAUCCAAAAGCAAUUGCAAAUGAAUACGAUACUAUGGGCACAAUAAGACGACAUUCCAAUCAACCGAAUAAUAAAAACAAUUUGGAUGUUGAAGAAGAUAAAUUUUAUUGAACGAGUCGUUUUUGUAAUUGACACGUGUUUGUAUUGAACAUUUUUAUAAUUGAAACGUUUGUAAUGACCACCUUUGUAUCUAAAACAUUUGUAUUGGCCACCUUUGCAUUUGAAACAUAUGUAUUGGCCAUCUUUGUAUUUGAAACAAUUGUAUUGGCGAUCUUUGUAUUUGAUACAUAUGUAUUGGCCAUCUUUGUAUUUGAAACAUUUGUUACGGAAAACCUUGUAGGUGAUAUUGAAUGACUGGUUAGAGCUUGAUGUUCUACCAUCUAGAAUGAUUUGACAUUUUUUUUUACUUGACGCCUAUUAUUUUUUUAGGCUUUGUUUUUUUUGUAAUAUGAAAUGAAGGAAUUAAUGGAUACUUUCAUAUAUUAUAUUUAUCAAUUAAGCUCGAAAAGAGAAAUGAAUGUAUAUUGUAAAAUGACGUAUUUGUACAUAUCAAAUAAUAUUUGUAUUUGAGUCUAUUAUUGACGACAGAAUUUCCUUAUUAUAUAUAAAACUGAUGUAUUUUAAUAGUGAAAUCGCGAUCGUAGUUAAAGUUAUUAAGUCUAUGAACCUAAGUAAUUACUUUCGCUUCGACGUCUAUUGGCAGCUGAACACUGUUAAGAGCUAAGUUAUUUACUUAUUUACGAAGUUAUUUAGGUCAAAUGGCCGUGCCAUGGGACUUGUAGGUAGUAUAGGAAGUCUAUUGUUAUCUUUUCAUCAUCAUCAUCAGCCCCCACUGGUGACACAGGUGUCCCAUGAGGGUUCAGGGCCCUAAUCCACCAUGCUGGCCAAGUGCGGGUUGGCUGAUGUCACAACUGUCAUAUCUUCCAUAUCUUUUCGUAGUAGAUUAUUUUCGGUUCUGAUCUCGGAGAUUUUAGACAAUAGAUGUAAAUUGCAACUUAUCUAAAAUCUGCUAUUUGUAAAAAUCUACUCACAUUAUCACUUGCUAUUAAUAAAUAAAUAUUUGAAUUUUAGAUGUUAAUAAUGUAGGGCUUCGUAAGUUAUUCAUUUUAAUUAUAUUGGCUGGAAUCUGAGACUUCAUCUCUUCAUGUAAAUUGAGUAGACAUAUACAAAUCUUUGAUCUUUAUCACUUUGAAAAUAUUCAUACAAUUUCGUAUGAAAAUGUUGAUAGCAAUUUGUUUUUAUAGAAAUGAAGUUGGCAAUUCUAAUAUUUCUUUAAUUUCAGACUUAAUCAAGUAUUUUAAUUCAAAUUUCCUGUAUAGAACAUAUCUGUUAUACCUAAAUUUAUUGCAUUAUAAUUAUUUCUUACGAAUUAUAUUGUAAAUGUUAUUUUUUUUAUAUAUUAUCUGUAGUAAGUUUUAGAAGCUCAGUGCCAUGGUGUAAAUGUAUAGAAUAAUAUUAAGUUUAAACAUUAUAUAACAAAGCCGAUUGUGCCAUGUAUGUUAUUAUAUCUAAUUAAUCGCUGUCCAUUGUUUAUAAGUGCCUUCAAUGUAUAAUAUUUUUCCAAUUUAAAUGUAAGAGACUAAAAUUUGAAUAUCAAUUUGUAAUGAAGAAUUAUAUUUGAAUGUGUAUUGGUAAAGAUUGACUUGAAUAAUUUAUAGAUAUUAUAUCAAUGAAAAAAAUAAAUGCACGCUUUAAAUGCUGCCUUAUCUAAAUUGAGAGUAUUUCACACAUGCAUAGAGUAGUGAUAACUUUUGAAAUUUAUUUAAAAUUAAAUAUAAAAACAAGAAUAUAUGACUAAAGGAGUGAAUGAGGAAUGCAGUUCCCAUAAACAAAUAUGCAUUUAUAUAGUAAUGAAAAAAAUCAGUGCAAUAAAACGUUAUUUUUCCAAUACUGAAAGUUCUUAUAACAUGUAAAUUAAAUGAAAAAUUUAUAAAAGCCCAACCUCAUUUUGUGUUGACGGCCAUCUUGGAUUUGAAAUUUGUGUUUGUGUGUAUUAGUGAGUAUAUUUGUGCUGACAUGAGGGAAUUGUUAAAAAUGAUUUAACCCAUCUUUAUUUGACGGCGGUUGUCCCUAACUGAUUAUUAUCGAUCAUACCUAAAAACACUCCCGACCUUUCAAAUAAAAAGAGACAUCAAGAUCAGUUUAUUCGUUCGGGAGCUACGAUGCCAUAUACAGCCACACCCAAACACACACAGACAAAUCAAACUAAGAACACUCAGUCGUUUUGAAAGACAAUGUGUGUGUGAAACGACUCAUAAUAUGUAUAUUCUAUACACAGCACUAGUAGUACAAAACCGGUGCCUUAGCCACGCGUAUACAUACGUAUCUUUAAAAAAAUAUUCCUUAUAUUUUAUAAUUUAGAAAUGAUCACUUUUAUAUUUUUAUAUGAAUUGUUGAACUUUCAACGUUAUAGUGGCUCAUGUUGAGUCGAAUGUUAUAUUUUAGUUUAUAUCAUAUGUUUAAUAGUAAAAUAUUUGAAUGCUUGUUAUAAAUUGUAUAGCCCUGAGUUGUGUAUGUGGAUUGAAAGUAUAAGCUAUGAGCUAUGUAUUAUUCGAUGUUUACGAGACAAAUUAUGUACGUGUUGCGUCAUUUAAAAGUACAAUUUGCUAGAAUUUUCUCGACUUUACUAGAAUUUUCUAGUAAUAUUUAGUAUGGUUUUAUAUUGAAGAGAUUUAUUUAUAUAUGAAUAAUGUAACGUUUGCCUAUACGUCUUCCCAUGUCUUUCUUUUAUCAGUGAGUUCUACAUUCUUUGAGUAAUUCUUAUAAUUAUUUUUGACAUAAAUUAGAAUUAUUUAUUUGAAAUUUAAUCUAAUUUCAAUUCUGUUAUUGCAUGAAACUCGCAAGACUGUGUGACAGUAAUUGAUGAGCGAUAAUUAAAUACUUUUAUUCGAUAUAAAAACAUAAUUUGGUACUUUUAUAUGACGUCACAAUGUAUCCUGUAUUAUGUAAGAGGCUUCUCACGAAACUCACCGAUUAAACGUUUUAUUGUUAAGAGAUUAAAAUUGUGAUUCGUAAAGAUAUGUAAUAAGAGAAUAAAUUGAUAAAUUGCAGGACUUGUGAAAAUAUCGGUUGAGCUGUACAUUGUUAUUACGCUAACUACUUAAAAGUAAAUAAAGACUGUCGUAUUA